GUUACCGGUCUCGCCAUGGAGCGGAAAGGUGAGCGGUGCAGCGGCCUCCGCCACGAGGGGCAACGGCCGCCGGAGCGAGGCCCGAGUCAGUGCCGGGCACCUCGCCUCUUCGCCGCCGUCAGGACCUCAGGCGUGCGGCGCCCCUCGGGGGUGGCGCCGCCCCCCACCCCCCGGCUCCCGGCCGUGGGUCCGCGCCCCUCAGCUCCGGCGUCCUCGGGCGCCGGCCGUCCCCGCCCCUUGUUCCCCGCCUGGCCGGCUCGCGCCUCGGUGCCACUUGGAGGCCUGGCCGUCGUCGGGCGAGGAAGACCCCCGGCCCGGCCCGAGCCCCUUCGGGCGUCCCCAGCCUGGGCGCCGCCGUGUGCCCCGCGGGCCGCCAGAUCCCCGGGCCGCCGCCUCGCCCCGCAGCCGCCCUCCCGGCAGGCCCGACGGCUGGGCCUGGCGCCCCUGCUGGGUCUCAAGCCUCACCGUGGUGGCUUCCUUCCCCCCGCGCUCGCCCUUCAUCCAUCCCUCUUUCCUGCAGUGCUGGCGCUCCAGGCCCGAAAGAAAAGGACCAAGGCCAAGAAGGACAAAGCCCAAAGGAAAACCGAGAUCCAGCACCGAGGCUCCGCGCCCCACUCUGAGAGUGACCUGCCGGAGCAAGAAGAGGAGAUCCUGGGGUCCGACGACGAUGAGCAGGAAGACCCCAACGACUAUUGUAAAGGAGGUUAUCACCUGGUGAAAAUCGGUGAUCUGUUCAAUGGCAGAUACCAUGUGAUCCGAAAGUUGGGCUGGGGGCACUUUUCAACAGUGUGGCUAUCAUGGGAUAUUCAGGGAAAGAAGUUUGUGGCAAUGAAAGUAGUUAAAAGUGCUGAGCAUUAUACCGAAACAGCACUAGAUGAAAUCCGGUUGCUGAAAUCAGUCCGCAAUUCAGACCCCAGUGAUCCAAACCGAGAAAUGGUCGUUCAGCUGCUCGAUGACUUUAAAAUAUCAGGAGUGAAUGGAACACAUAUCUGCAUGGUGUUUGAAGUUCUGGGGCACCACCUGCUCAAGUGGAUCAUCAAAUCCAACUAUCAGGGGCUUCCGCUGCCUUGUGUCAAAAAAAUUAUUCAGCAAGUGUUACAGGGUCUGGACUAUUUACACACCAAGUGCCGCAUCAUCCACACUGACAUCAAGCCCGAGAACAUCCUGCUGUCAGUGAACGAGCAGUACAUCCGGAGGCUGGCAGCAGAAGCCACAGAGUGGCAGCGGUCAGGAGCUCCGCCACCCUCCGGGUCUGCAGUCAGCACUGCUCCCCAACCUAAACCAGCUGACAAAAUGUCAAAGAAUAAGAAGAAGAAAUUGAAGAAGAAGCAGAAGCGCCAGGCAGAAUUACUAGAGAAGCGAAUGCAGGAAAUCGAGGAAAUGGAGAAAGAGUCGGGCCCUGGGCAAAAGAGACCUAACAAGCAAGAAGAAUCAGAGAGUCCUGUUGAAAGACCCUUGAAAGAGAACCCAGCUAAUAAAAUGACCCAAGAAAAACUUGAAGAGUCGAGUUCCAUUGGCCAGGAUCAGACACUUAUGGAGCGUGGUGUAGAGGGUGGUGCAGCAGAAAUUAAUUGCAAUGGAGUAAUUGAAGUCAGUAAUUAUACUGAGUACAGUAAUAAAGAAACAUUGAGGCUUAAAGAGGAUCUCCAUAAUGCUAAUGACUGUGAUGUCCAAAAUUUGAAGCAGGAACCUAGUUUCCUAAGCUCCCAAAAUGGAGACAGCAGCACAUCUCAAGAAACAGACUCUGGUAAACCUGUGGCCUCGGAGGUGCCAGAUACCAUGGUGUGCCAACCUUCCGCAACUGGAGACCAAUCAGUCAGUGAACAGGACAUCAGCCACCUUCAAGAGAGCAUUCGGGCAGAGAUCCCCUGUGCAGAGGAGCAGGAGGAAGAAAGGAAUGGACCACUGGACAACAAAGGAAAAUCCACUGCUGGAAAUUUUCUUGUUAAUCCCCUUGAGCCAAAAAAUGCAGAAAAACUCAAAGUGAAGAUUGCUGAUCUUGGAAAUGCCUGUUGGGUGCACAAGCAUUUCACUGAAGACAUUCAGACCAGGCAGUAUCGCUCGCUGGAAGUGCUGAUAGGCUCUGGCUACAACACCCCGGCUGACAUCUGGAGCACGGCGUGCAUGGCCUUCGAGCUGGCCACAGGUGAUUAUUUGUUUGAGCCUCAUUCAGGAGAAGAGUACACCCGUGACGAAGAUCACAUUGCAUUGAUCAUAGAACUUCUGGGGAAGGUGCCUCGCAAGCUCAUUGUGGCAGGAAAAUAUUCCAAGGAAUUUUUCACCAAAAAAGGUGACCUGAAACACAUCACGAAGCUGAAACCUUGGGGCCUCUUUGAGGUUCUGGUGGAGAAGUAUGAGUGGUCUCAGGAGGAGGCAGCUGGCUUCACAGAUUUCUUACUGCCCAUGUUGGAGCUCAUCCCCGAGAAGAGAGCCACUGCCGCCGAGUGUCUGCGGCACCCGUGGCUCAACUCCUAAGCCGUGCAGGCCGCAGCAGCAGGAACCACCGCGCCCGCCGGCCGCCCUCCUCUCCAGGCAUUUUCCUCUUUGCAGGGUGCAGCCUUUUCUUCAAGGGUUUCUAGAUUUCUUUCUUUCUCCCCCCCCCCCCCAAUCCAGCGAGUUCGUUUGGGGAGAUCCGCACUGCCUUUGGGUGUCCCACAUGAAUUUGGCCCUGGUGGGGCUCGCCAGAGAGUAAUGAACCAAACAUGUGGAGUGGCCCCUUACCCUCUGCCCUUGCCAUUCCAUCAGGGCAUCCUGUAAACUCUAUAAGCGUCCUCUUUAAGGAGAGCUAUGAAGAUGUACGCGCCCACCUUUUUCUCACUGACUCUGAGAGUCAACUGCCUGGCCUGUGUGCUGCCGGCACAGGGACGAGGAAGGAGGCUGGGUGAAAUGCUGUGUACAACAGAGACAUUAAACUUGCUCUAUCCAGGCUGCGUCAGGGUCCUGGAUUGUUUCUGUUGUUCUCUUAUGUUUUUGUUUCUUCCUGCAACUUUUAAACUACUGCCUUUUUGAAAGAGCUGUUAUAACCACCAAAUUUGGGUACCAUCUUCUUCACAGUUCAGAGCGCUGUCACGUUUCUUUCAUCCUGUAGUAAUUCUAAGAUCCUCAAAUCUUCAGCCUGACUUUUAAUGGAAACAGAAAUGGAACCAUUGAACCCUCGUUUCUUGAGAACCUCAGGUGUUCAAACACUCCUGCCCUGUGUGUCUUCUGUUGCCCUAGAAGGAAGAGAAACUGUAACUGGCUAUUUAUCUUUUGUUUUUUAAAUGCCUGGCUGGCACUUUACCCAAGGCACUUGACUUUAUUGCCCCAUGACUAAAGAAUCAGGAUGGCUCCAGAAUGGAAGUCUUGGUUUCUGAGCUUGCCAAUUUAAGGGGAGAAUGUUCUAGAGGUCUAAUUCUUUUCCAAACAAUUCUUUGCUUUUAUUUACAGCUGCUCAUGUUGCCCCAAAUGGUGGUUUUGAGCAGCUUCCCUCUGGGGCUUUGUUGUCUCGUUUUCUCAGUCUUGUAGUCUUGAAUGAAACCCUGGAUAAAAGAACCGAGGGGAGGGGCGGGAUGGCACUUUUUUCACUGGGUGAUGUUGCCUGUUGACUUUUUAAGGUUAGCCAUUCUCUGCUGCUAUUUCCUUAUAUAAUGUAAGUGUAUAGCUGCAAUUCUGAGAUGAUUGCAGUGCACUUGAGGCUUUUUUCCCUUACUGCAAAGGCUCUGUGAAGUUCACAUUAGGAUUGGCCUCUCGUAGACGUGACCAACCCCGACAUUCUCCUCGGGUACUAUUGGGUGGUAAAAGGAGGGCAGGAUUGGGGUCAUAGCCACUCACUCAGCAAAACAAGUGGGCCUGGGAGAUGACAGCAUUCCCUGGAAGCGGCCGCGGAACUCCUGCAUUUACAGAAGCCAAGGAGGGGCACGCGAGGCUCUGCUGUCAAGCUGCCCAUGAAACUCUGGGAGGGAGAUGGAAUUCCUUUCUGUCGUUUACCACCACGUGGACAGAGGCAAAAGUGGUGGUGUCCUUAUGCAGCCUGUUCAGCUCUUCAGGGUACCACUCUGAGGAACGGGCCAACCAGUCAUUGCAUCCCUGAUUGGUCACUCCUGAAACCAGACAUGUUCCUGUAGAAAGAAUUGUCAAUCAGGCUGUCUAUGCACCUAUCAAGAAUAGAACAGACGAUCUCAGACAACGGCAGGGAAAUUCUCCAGCAAUCCUGAUUACUCUGGGUUGUCAGCUGUAUUCACAUCUAAAGCAAUAGCAGACUUAACUGCAGUCUCUCCUACUUUGUAAACUCCCAGGUGUGGAAUUACAGAACUGAUGAUGGUGUGAGUUAAUGUGAAAUAACAGGACACAUCAGUGAACAGAAGGCUCUGUUUAACAGUUGACAUGACAGGAAUUUUUAAUAGAGAAACCUACAACUUGGUUUUGGAAAUCUUUCCCAUCAGAUAAGGGCUUUGCCGCCUGUACCAUUUAAGGAGCCAGAUAAAUCUGAAGACCUGAAAAGAGGCACCUGGAAACCUUGGUCUUCCGUGGCCUCCACAAACCUUUUUGAGCUGAAUCAUAACACUGUCAAAUUAGUAUGGUCUCACUAAAGAAUUUCUAUUUGCUGUUGGUUAAAAAUAAAGCCCUGAUACAUUUUUAUUCUUUCUACUGAGUGCAUUGUCUGUUUUCUUUACAAAUGCAGCACAAUAAACAAAGUAUUUAAUAACCUA